AUGCCUAAACCAUUAGCAAUUGUGAAUCAAAUUUCAGAAAUUAAAACCAAUGAUGAACAAAAUCAAUCAAAAAAUAAAGCUUCUGAUAAAUCAUGGUCAGAUGAAUUGAUGGUUGGAGCUAAAAGUUUUAGACUGGAACUGUCUCCUUAUUCUGUUUUAUCGGGAGUUUCAGGAGAAACAGUUAAGUUAUAUUUCAGAGUUGUUAAUACAAAUUGGACACCUAUGGAAUAUAGUUUUAAUUGUUAUGAUCAAAUGGGUCUUAUAAGAUCAGUUUUACCUACAAGUAUAAUACUACCUCCAAAUAGUCCACCAUUUGAUGUGAUGGUAGUUUUGGAGGUAAUAGGACCAGAAGGAUCAACUGAUCAAAUUACAUUUUCUGUUCAUCCAGAAUUUGCAGAAAUAAAAGUUAAUUUUUACAUUGGGAAACUAACAGGAGAUACUACACGCCCUACAAUAGAUUAUAUAUUUAAUGGGGAUUGUCGAUUUGCAGAUACUCCACAUACUUGUGCAUCAGAAAAAUGGAAUGUUGAAGUAACUAUUCAAGAUGAAAAUUCAGGAUUAGCUAUGAUCUCAUCAAUACCAAAUAAUUUACGGUUCCGUAGUGAGUUUAGUAUCGGGACUAAAGAACCAGUAAUAGUAUAUUAUACGGCAACAUGUUGUUUUCCAAAAUUUGAAAUCAUUGCCACAGACCUACGAGGAAAUACGCAAAAAAAAACAAUAGAUGCAGAAAAACGUAAAUAUAAUAAUAAUAAUACUAAGUUCAUACAUUCAAUAGGGUAG